AUGGCGGAGACUUACGAUGUUGGAACACGGGCAUGGCAACCUGAUGUCACAGAGGGCUGGGUGCCCUCCGAGGUCAUCAAGAAGGAUGUGCAGGGCAACAAGGUCGUCCUGGAGUUCAGGCUCGACAAUGGCGAGACGAAAAGGAUUGAGGUCACUGCAGAGGCUCUCCAUAAAGGCAGUGACCCCUCUCUUCCGCCGCUGAUGAACCCGGCUAUGCUCGAGGCCAGCGACGACUUGACAAACCUAUCACAUUUGAACGAGCCUGCUGUCCUGCAAGCCAUCAGACUCCGAUAUGCCCAAAAGGAGAUCUACACAUACUCUGGAAUCGUCUUAAUAGCAACGAACCCUUUCGCACGUGUCGACUCCCUCUAUGUACCGGGCAUGGUACAGGUCUAUGCCGGCAAGCAGCGCGCAACCCAGGCACCACAUUUGUUUGCCAUUGCCGAGGAGGCCUUUAUGGACAUGAUCCGGGAUAACAAGAACCAGACCGUCGUCGUCUCCGGUGAGUCUGGUGCCGGAAAGACCGUGAGCGCCAAAUAUAUCAUGCGCUACUUUGCAACUCGCGAAUCGCCCAAAAACCCGGGCUCUCGCUCGAAGAAGUCGGAGGCCAUGAGCGAGACCGAAGAACAGAUCCUGGCAACCAAUCCGAUUAUGGAAGCUUUUGGUAACGCCAAGACCACCCGAAACGACAACUCGUCCCGUUUCGGUAAAUACAUUGAAAUCUUGUUUGACGACAAUACCAACAUCAUCGGUGCCAAGAUCCGCACAUACCUGCUAGAACGGUCGCGUCUCGUCUUCCAGCCCCUCAAGGAGCGCAACUACCAUAUCUUCUACCAGAUGGUGGCUGGUAUUUCAGAGCAGGAGCGGAAGGAGCUAGACAUUCUCCCAGUCGAGCAGUUUGAAUACCUCAACCAAGGCAACACCCCAAUUAUUGACGGUGUCGACGAUAAGGCCGAGUUCUUUGCUACCAAGGCCUCUCUCAAGACCAUCGGUAUAAAUGAGGAACAGCAAGACGGCAUUUUCAAGCUUCUGGCCGGUCUGUUGCAUCUCGGCAACGUCAAGAUCGGUCAGACCAGAACUGAGGCCGUCCUGGCAGCCGACGAACCGUCGCUGGAGCGUGCUUGUUCGAUCCUCGGUAUUGAUGCGCCUGAGUUUGCUCGCUGGAUUGUCAAGAAGCAGCUUGUUACGCGUGGUGACAAGAUCAUCUCCAACUUGUCCACAGCCCAGGCUUUUGUUGUGCGAGACUCGGUUGCCAAGUUUAUCUACUCAAGCAUGUUUGACUGGCUUGUUGAGGUAAUCAACAACAGUCUGGCCACCGAAGAGGUGCUAAACCGCGUGCAUUCCUUCAUUGGUGUGCUCGAUAUCUACGGCUUUGAGCAUUUUGCAAAAAACUCCUUCGAGCAGUUUUGUAUCAACUACGCAAACGAGAAGCUGCAGCAGGAGUUCAACCAGCAUGUCUUCAAGCUCGAGCAGGAAGAAUAUCUGCGGGAAAAGAUUGACUGGACUUUCAUUGACUUCUCGGACAACCAGCCCUGUAUUGAUUUGAUUGAGGGUCGCAUGGGUAUUUUGUCUCUGCUGGACGAAGAGUCUCGACUGCCCAUGGGUUCCGAUGAGCAACUUGUUCUGAAGCUGCACCAGAACUUCGCACCUGACAAGAACAAGUUCUACAAGAAGCCUCGGUUUGGGAAGUCAUCCUUCACCGUCUGUCAUUACGCCAUUGACGUUACAUACGAGUCCGAUGGAUUCAUCGACAAGAACCGCGAUACUGUUCCCGACGAGCAUCUUGCCGUCCUGCGGGCCUCCACUAACGACUUCCUCCGCUUUGUGCUAGAUGCUGCCUCUGCAGUGCGCGAGAAGGAUCUUGCUUCGGCUACGACGGCGGUCAAGCCGACUGCCGGCCGUCGCAUAGGUGUCGCUGUUAACCGCAAGCCGACUCUUGGCGGUAUAUUCCGAACCUCGCUGAUUGAGCUCAUGAGCACCAUCAACAACACUGACGUGCACUAUAUCCGCUGUAUUAAGCCCAACGAGGCCAAGGAGGCUUGGAUGUUCGAGGGACCCAUGGUGCUGAGCCAGCUGCGGGCUUGUGGUGUGCUCGAGACCGUCCGUAUCAGCACUGCCGGUUACCCGACUCGAUGGACGUACGAAGAGUUUGCUUUGCGGUACUACAUGCUCGUGCACUCGUCCCAGUGGACGUCAGAGAUCCGCCAGAUGGCCGACGCCAUCCUCACAAAGGCUCUCGGUGCAAAAACUGGAAAGGGUGUUGACAAGUACCAGCUGGGUCUAACCAAGAUCUUCUUCCGCGCCGGUAUGCUGGCGUUCCUCGAGAACCUGCGGACUACGCGGCUCAACGCUUGUGCCGUGAUGAUCCAGAAGAACCUACGCGCCAAAUACUAUCGCCACCGUUACCUGGCCGCUCGGGAGGCUAUCAUCCGACUCCAGGCAGUUGCUCGUGCGUACUCUUCAAGGCAGCAUGCCCAGGAACUGCGCACCGUUAAUGCUGCUACUACGAUUCAGCGUGUGUGGCGCGGUCAGAAGCAGCGCCGGGAGUUCUUGCGCAUUCGUGCCGACGUUGUCCUUGCCCAGGCGGCCUUCAAGGGCUACCUACGGCGCAAGGAGAUCAUGGAGACACGACUAGGCAACGCAGCCCUGCUUCUCCAACGCCUGUGGCGCUCGCGCGCGGCAAAGCGCACCUGGAACUCGUAUCGCAAAAAGGUUGUUCUUAUUCAGAGUGUGUGGCGCGGUCUGACCGCACGCCGUGGCUACAAGACGAUGCGCGAGGAGGCACGCGAUCUGAAGCAGAUUUCGUACAAGCUGGAGAACAAGGUCGUCGAGCUAACACAGUCAUUGGGCACAAUCAAGGCACAGAACAAGGAGCUCAAGACCCAGGUGGAGAGCUACCAGGGUCAAAUCAAGUCGUGGCAGACACGCCACAAGGACCUCGAGCAGAAGACAAAGGAGCUGCAGACAGAGGCCAACCAGGCCGGUAUUACGGCGGCACGCCUGGCACAGAUGGAGGACGAGAUGAAGAAGCUACAGCACAGCUUCGAGGAGUCAACGGCGAAUGUCAAGCGGAUGCAGAAGGAGGAGCAGGAUCUGAAAGAUUCCCUGCGGGCAACGAGUGCCCAGCUGGAGACUGCCCGACAAGAUGUGACACGGUCCGAGGCAGAGAAGAACAACCUGCGCCAGCAGCUCGUCGACAUGCAGGAUGCUCUCGACGAGGCGCGCCGUUCUGCUCCUUUGAUCGGCGGUGCGGGCGACCUGGCCAACGGAGCCAACGGCGUCAACGGCAUUGCCAACGGACUAAUCAACCUGGUGGCCUCCAAGAAGCCGUCCAAGCGUCGCAGCGCCGGCGCAGAGCCACUUGACCGGUACAGCAUGGCCUACAACCCACGGCCGGUGUCGAUGGCGGUGGCGGGUCGGCAGGUUCUUCCUGGCGUGGACAACGUGGAGCUGGAGCUCGAGAGCCUGCUGGCGGACGAGGACUCUCUCAACGACGAGGUGACGCUGGGCCUGAUCCGCAACCUGAAGAUCCCGUCGCCGAACUCGACGCCGCCGCCGUCGGACAAGGAGGUGCUCUUCCCGUCGUACCUGAUCAACCUGGUAACGUCGGAGAUGUGGAACAACGGGUUCGUCAAGGAGUCGGAGCGGUUCCUGGCCAACGUGAUGCAGUCGGUCCAGCAGGAGGUGAUGCAGCACGAGGGCGAGGAUGCGAUCAACCCUGGGGCGUUCUGGCUGUCCAACGUGCACGAGAUGCUCUCGUUUGUGUUCCUGGCGGAAGACUGGUAUGAACAGCAAAAGACGGACAACUACGAGUAUGACCGUCUCCUGGAGAUUGUCAAGCACGAUCUUGAAAGCCUCGAGUUCAACAUCUACCACACGUGGAUGAAGGUGCUGAAGAAGAAGCUGCAGAAGAUGAUCAUCCCGGCGAUCAUCGAGUCGCAGUCGCUUCCUGGCUUCGUUACGAACGAGAACAACCGGUUCCUGGGCAAGCUGCUGCAGUCCAACAGCACGCCGGCCUACAGCAUGGACAACCUGCUUAGCCUGCUGAACAGCGUGUACCGUGCGAUGAAGGCCUACUAUCUGGAGGACUCGAUCAUCACCCAGACGGUGACGGAGCUGCUGCGCCUGGUCGGCGUGACUGCCUUCAACGACCUGUUGAUGCGCCGCAACUUCCUGUCAUGGAAGCGUGGCCUGCAAAUCAACUACAACAUCACCCGUAUCGAGGAGUGGUGCAAGAGCCACGAUAUGCCGGAGGGCACGCUCCAGCUGGAGCACCUGAUGCAAGCGACCAAGCUGCUGCAGCUGAAGAAGGCGACGCUGAACGAUAUCGAGAUUAUCCAGGAUAUCUGUUGGAUGCUCUCGCCCAACCAGAUCCAGAAGCUGCUAAACCAGUAUCUAGUGGCAGACUACGAGCAGCCCAUCAACGGCGAGAUCAUGAAGGCGGUUGCCUCCAAGGUCAACGAGAAGGGCGACGUGUUGCUGCUACAAGCUGUCGAUAUGGAUGACAGCGGGCCAUACGAGAUUGCCGAACCGCGUGUGAUCACAGCCCUGGAGACGUACACACCGUCUUGGCUCCAAACGCCGAGACUCAAGCGGUUGGCAGAAAUCGUUUCGGCGCAAGCAAUUGCGCAGCAAGAAAAGCAGGAGCUAGACUACGAGCAGGCGGAGCUGACAGAGAUGGACGAAGAGGUCAAGGCCAUUGAGGCCAGCGCCUAG